UCGGAGUGUAGAUCACGUGGCACUAGCAUUCUGGGAGAUUUGGAAGAUGGCGGUUGCAGUGGCUGGAAUGAAGGAGUUUGAUUCGCAGCUGCUGCUGCACCCGGAGCUCCUGUCUGGGGAAUUCCUCCUGCACCUUCUACAGCAGAGAAAAAUAACCACCGAGAACCUGCAUGAUGCAGAGAAGGAUCAGAUUGUGGAAGUCUACAUUCAGCAUGUCAUUCCACUGCCGCAGAGAGAGCUGCCCAAGAAUAGAUGGGGAAGAAUGAUGGCUGAGAAAAGAGGACAACAGUCCAUGUGUGCUACAGAGAGUAAAAGACCAGCAACAGAGGGCUCGAGGAAAAGGCCUCUAAUUGUGUUUGAUGGCAGCUCUACAAGUACAAAAAUAAAACUCAAGAAGACCGAAAAUGCAAUGGCUGAUCAAGUAAAGCAGUUGCCACCAGGGAUCAUAGGCACCAGCCCCACGAAUAAACUUGCUGUCCAGCCAAGUGGCACAAAUAUUCUGACCGAUAAUAAUGCAGUCAAAAGUCCAAUUCGAAAUGUUGUACCUAGCAAUGGUAUGGCUGCCACGAAGCAUGGAGGCAAUAUGCCUUUGAAAACCUCACCAUUGCCUUGCCCAACAUCUGGAGGCACCAACUCCAUAAAACUAAAGCGAGCACUUGCAAAAGAUGGAGAGGGAGAUGCACCAGUGGAAUUAAGAUCUACAGAGCCAAAGAAAAAGAUUCAACAUGUUACCUGGCCAUAAGGUCUGACAGUCCUAUUACUACAUUUUUCAUUUACAUCUUAUGAUGUUGCCAUGCCAACUAACCUGUUGGAAGUGGCAGGCUGGAAAACCAACUGGGAAUGAGGCACCCAUUAAACAAUUAAAAGAAAUCCAUGAUCCAUUUUGGUUCUUUAAAAUAGACCAACCAGUGAAAUAGCACCUUUCACUCAACAACUUUAUACUACAUGCAAUUUAUAAUACUACUUUAGAACAAUGGAUUUUUUGUAUGUAGUUACUUUCUAUUUGUGAAAGGACCCAAUUUCCUUUUUGAAUAGAAUUAGGAAUAUUAUGUCACAUCAGGUAUAGUACAUUGUUUUAUGCACAAUUUACACACGUCUGUAUUUUAAUAUGUAUACGUUUGGUCUAAAUUUGGGACUCAUUUUUUUAAAAUUGAAAGGUAGUUAAUGCUCAUAAAUCUGACUUUGUUAAUAUUGCGCUGUAUUUUCCCUUUUAACAUGUCAGUUUUCAAAUUUAACUCAUGAUAGGAUAUAUGGCAUUUUAGAGUUGCAAACUAAAGUCCGUGAAAAAAGCCUAAUAGUUGAUGUUUCUGUUAUGUACUAAUGGAAACUUGUGUAUGCCAAAUGAAUAAAUCCAGUGAAGACAAACUUCAGGAUAGGCAGUUUUUCAUUGGUUCCACUAUUCUGCUAUAAAUGUAAUUUGUUACUAUCAAUUACUUUAUCAAUGGGCCUUAAAUUGCCAACUCAAAUUUUAAAGUUCCACGUGUGAAAAUGGGGAAAGUUACGUCAGUAACUUGAAACCUCUUUUUAGUUGUUCAGUGUAUCUGUCUUCAGCUUCUGGGUUCAUAUCAUAACAUAUAAACUAAGUCCUCAAUGCAUCAACCAGGAAUCUGUUCAAAUCUUUUCUUCAUACAAUAGUUUGUCCAUUAAAUAAUUCCAAUGGAGGACCCACAUACAAUAAAAGUUCAAUUUAUUAUAGCAUAUGAUCACUUCUUAGAAAUGUCGCAAUGCCCUUCACAAAUGUUGUUACUUUACAAUCCCAUUGCUGUUGAACAAUUCACACAUUGAACAUAAUACAUUUAAUAGUUAUGUAAUAAGCAGCUCUGACUAAUGUGUAAGAAUCAGGCUUGAAUUUAUUAGGACAGGGGUACAUUUUAGGUAAUUAGCAGAUGUGAUGUAUGUUUUUAAAUUUUGUUGAAUUAUUAUGUUGUGCCCAUCAAGGUAAUGGAUAUUAGUACAGUGUUAGGAUAUGAAACAGUUUCCCAUUUUGGGUAUCCAGUGUUAGCAUCAAACACUCCACGGUCAGGUAUAUCACAGCUAGUUGCAAAGUCUUUGCCUCAAUAAUCUGUCUCUCAACAAUGUGCCUUACCUCACAGAAAUACAAAGCAAUGUGAUAUUUCCAGUUUCCUCAGUAACAAUCUUUAUGCCCUUAGAGAUUGCCAAUUAGUACCAAAAUAGGUGUAAUUAAGUGGAAUGGCCCAUGAAGUUUAGACUGCCAAAGAUUUGGUUUUAUAAGAAAGUACACAAAGCAAGAAAGACAGGAUACCUUCAUCCCGGCAAUUUGGGUUGGAAUCAAUCACAGCUGCUAGAGGUGAAAAGCAUUCAUACCAUUAGUUGCAGUCAGAAAUUUAUACACAUGCUACUUCAUAUAACUUAGAAUUGACCAGACAGUAUGAUUAAACCUGUGGUGCAUUUGCUUUGUAUUCCAAUGCUAUUAUAUGUAGAUGUAAUUGGUAGUGUUGAGUCCAUGUAGAUGAUAUGAGACCAGCUGUGUAAUAUCUCCCUUAAAUUUUAGUUUGCACAGCACUGGACCUCGACAAUUAUCUGUCAGUAAAAGAAGCAGUUUUAUUAAAUUAUCAAAUUAGAAAUCGUAUCCCUGAGAAGAGAAUUUAAAAAAAAAACAAAAAAAAUUUGACUACAUUAUGUAAAGAAAGAAUUUGGGUUCACAUAGUGCCUUUCUUGACCUCAGACUGUAGCAAAAUGCUUUAUAGGCAAUAAAAUGUUUUUUGAAGUGGGUUCACGGUUGUAACAUAGGAAAUAGAGCAGCAAAUUUGCACACUGCAAGGCCCCACAGACAUCCAAGUGAUAAAUAACCAGAUAAUCUGUGGUUGCUGAUGGUGUUGUCCGAGGAUUCUCUGGCUCUUCUUCAAGUAGUAGCGUGGGAUCUUCUACAUCCACCUGAGAAGGCAGACAAGACCUAGGUUUAAUAUCUUGUCCAAAAGAUAGUGCAGCAUUCCCUCAGUAUUGCACUGACGUGUCUUUUGGUUUAUGAGUUCUGGAGUAGAGCUUGAACCCAUGGUCAUCUGACUCAGAAUUGUGUGCGCUACCAUUGAGCUAUGGCAGACACCAGGAAUGGGCCACUUGUGUAAUGUCCUGGAUGGGAACACUGUGACAGUUAGCGCCUCGGCAUCUAGAACACCGAUGCUGUGGUGGUGUAGAUGUUUCUGUUGUCUGUUGGCACCAAGAAAACAAAAGACCCAAACUCUUUGGGAAUUAAAAUCGGAGAACAGGCAGGCAAUGCUUAAGGGAGACAUUUAAACACUGGAGUCAACAGGAAGGAGAGCAACAAGGCUGAUUCCUAAUGUUAGAGGGAGUGUGUUAUGAUAAGAGACUUGUGGGACAAUUAUAACCUAACCCUGUAGUAAUAUAUUGUUUUUAAUGAUUGUAAUUCGUAUGCCAGGCUCCACUUCUCAACUAAACAACCAUUAAAUUCUGCAUACAGAUUUUAUUAAAGGGAGGUUCAGAUUGCUGUAUAUAUUAUUAAUCUCCAGAUUGGUCAGUAAAUCCAUAGCUAUCUUACAUUCAGCUUUCGGAAUUAAUUGUAAUAAUAUAAUUGUGUACAAAGAAAUGUUCCACCACCGAUAUUAGAUUAAAAUUCCUGUCAAAGUAUGAGCUCCAGAUUACCAAACUAUAAUAUCUGUUAUCUUUGGAUUCCUCUUGAUUGCUGUUACAGCAAUUCUGUAAUUCUGUAAACCACUUAUUGUUUUGUUGGAUAUAGCAGAAGUUUACAAAAUAUUGUCUUAGAUGUGAGUCAUUUUUGUAUGAGAGGUAAAAAAUAACCAUGACUAAAUAAAUAUUUUUGAACCUUUAA